CACCUUCUUCGCUUUCCCCAAAGCCGUUAUUGUUAAUUUUAGUGUGCUUUAACUAGAUGCUCUUUCUUUAUUUCAAAUCAAGUACCUUCUGUUUCACAUUUUCUUUCCUCUUCUUCUCUUUUUCAACUCUCUCCCUCUGAACAUCUGUGCCUGUGAAGGUGUUUUUAAUUAAUACUUUUAGAUCCUUACAUUCCUCCUGCCUAAAUUCAAACUGUAUUAGCUUGUUCAAGUUCCAGAAUUGUUCAUUCGGGUCGAGAGUUGUGCUCCUCCUCCAUCAUAAAUUACUGUCGAACAUGUUGAGCGAAUGAAGUAUAGUUUCAUGAGAUGGGUUGUGUAUUGGGGAGACCCGUUUCUUCGUUAGACUCAGUUUCUGAGUCUAGACACCAAGUCAGCACGAGGUUCGAGUCUAAACGGAAAGAAGUGAAGGAAGAUGAGACCAUUGUUGUUCCUGGAGUUGAUGAGAUUAAGGAGGAAAAUGAAAAGCCAAAAGGAGAAAGUAAAAGGUCUAAUAAGGCUGACCCGAGGAGAAGUAAUCCGCCAAAGCAUCUGAUUGGUGAGCAGGUGGUUGCAGGUUGGCCAUCUUGGUUAUCUGAAAUCUGUGGAGAUGCUCUUAAUGGUUGGCUUCCACGAAAGGCUGAUUCUUUUGAGAAGAUUGAAAAAAUUGGAUCAGGAACGUAUAGCAAUGUGUACAAAGCAAAAGACUUGUUGACAGGUAACAUUGUGGCGUUAAAGAAAGUGCGGUGCGAUGUCAGGGAAAAAGAGAGUUUGAGGUUUAUGGCUAGAGAGAUUUUGAUAUUGAGGAGAUUGGAUCAUCCAAAUGUAAUCAAACUAGAAGGUUUGGUUACUUCGAGAAUGUCAAGCAGUUUGUAUUUGGUGUUUCGUUAUAUGCACCAUGAUCUUGCUGGUCUUGUCGCAAGCCCUGACAUAAAGUUCACCAAGCAACAGGUUAAAUGCUAUAUGAAACAACUGCUCUCGGGUCUCGAGCAUUGUCACAGCAGAGGUGUGCUUCACCGUGAUAUCAAAGGAUCAAACCUUCUUAUAGACGAUGAAGGAGUUCUCAAAAUUGGUGAUUUUGGUCUUGCAACUUUCUUUGAUCCAAGAAGAAGGCAACAAAUGACAAACCGUGUGGUUACCUUAUGGUACAGAGCACCAGAGCUUCUUCAUGGUGUUGUGGAGUAUGGUUUUGGUAUUGAUCUAUGGAGCGCAGGUUGCAUUUUAGGCGAGUUACUUACUGGUAGACCCAUAAUGCCAGGUCGAACCGAGGUAGAGCAACUGCAUAGGAUCUAUAAACUAUGUGGAUCACCUUCAGAAGAAUACUGGAGGAAAAUCAAGUUACCUUCCACUCGUAAGCAUGCUCAACACAGGCCAUUACCACAGUAUAAGAGGCGCAUAAGAGAGGCUUAUAAAGAUUUCUCUCCUGAGGCAGUUUCUCUUAUGGAUACUCUCCUUGCACUUGACCCUGCUGAGCGUAAAACUGCAGCAUCUGCAUCAAUGAGUGAUUUCUUCACAAUGUAUCCUCUUCCGUGCCAACCUUUUGAUCUCCCCAAGUAUCCACCAACUAAAGAGAUUGAUGCCAAGAGACGAGAUGAAGAGUAUAGAAGACUAAGAGAAACACGUAAAGCACACGAGAGUGGAAGAAGGAAAACAAGACCACGAGAACGAGCUGCUAGAGCAAAACCGGUUCCAGAGGCUAAUGCUGAGGUUCAAUCUAACAUUGAUAGAAUGCGAAUGAUCACUCACGCAAACGCAAAGAGCAAGAGUGACAAGUUCCCUCCUCCACAUCAAGACGGUUUGCUUGGUUAUCCAAUGGGAUUGUCUAGGCGUUUUGAGCCAUCUGAGAUACCUUUUAGCUCAACUUCGUUUACUUCUUACGCCAAUGAGCCUCUCCAGAUGUGGUCUGGUCCUCUAGCUCCAGUGGAGUUUACUGACAUUGCGGCUGAGACGCGGAGGAGUGGGGGCUGCGGCAACGGUAGUAGGAGGAUGGAUGUGAGGGUUGAUGGAAACAGAGCUAUUUUAUGAAGAUUCCUUUUAUUAUUAUUACAUAGAACGUUGACAAUAUUUGGAUUUGAGUGAAGAAAAGAAUCUUAUAUAUUUUUAUUGAAAUUUAUUUGGUACAAUUUAAAUUAAAAACUGCAAACAAGAAAUUAUUAAUAUACUUGACAAAAUGUACUGAGAAAAG